CAGCGCAAUGUGCCUGGACUCAGAGAAACUGCCUCCAGACCUGAAGACACAAACUGUGGGAUCACAGACAUCAAAGCGAGACAUCAACCACCAAUCAAAACGAGGCACUCAAAUCAGUCCCUCAACUGAGAGAAAGUCAGUGGGAACGGAAGAUUGAAUAGACUCAGGUGAGAGGUCAUUAGAAGAUGCCAGAGAAGUGAGCGGCUCUGGUUACGCUUGUGAGGUAAAAGGGAAGGAAUAGAUUAGUGCCGGAGCUAAAGAGGACAGGGCAGACAAGUGAUCCACAGAAAGAGUAGAUUCACCUCUGCGAAAACCACCUUCCUGGAGGAAGAACAUCAGAUAAAGACAGAAAGAAGUUUCCAGGUAUCUGUGGUCCAGCUUAACAUGUGGUUUUUGGCUAUGUUGUGGGUUUCCUGCCUGCUGAUGGGCACCCAUGCUCAGGGCAGCGCUAGUUUUCGCCGGGCAAAUGCUGGCAGUGGACGUUGCCAAUACACCUUCAUGGUGGACAGCCCUACAGAGGCCAGUUGUCCAUCAGCAGGUUCAAGUCCCGAGAUGGAGGCCCUGAAAUCUCGCCUGGGGCUGUUAGAGGCGCUGGUCGCCCGCCUUGUAGGAGGGGAAGCCAUGUCAGAGUCAUCACAGGGCUCCGGAUCUCAGUCAGGCCUCCAGGAUGCAUACAACCAGGUGAUGGGGGAGAACGCCCAGCUCCAGAGAGAGAAGCAAAGACUGGACAGACAGGUUCAGGACCUGCAGCAGAGGUUGGAAGAGCUCCGCCAGGAGGCUGAGAGGUUGAGGAGCAGAACCUGCAUGCAACAACCUCCUCCAAGAGUGCCCCAAAAUGACAACAGCUUCAGACCAGGAUCAGGACCUGCACUCUCCCACCUAGUAUCAAGGCCUGGGAACACGCAAGGAGACAAAAGCAGUUUAAGAGAUCCAGCAUGGCAUCACGAGAAUCCUGGAUACCAGGAGCUGACGGCUGUAGUCACUGAGGUUUCUGCCCCAAAUUUGGAAGGUCCAGCGGACAUCUCAGGCUGUGGUGAUCUGGUGUGGGUACAACAGCCUGAGGUGCACCGCAAGGCUGACAGCAUUGCUGGUAAAUACGGUGUCUGGAUGCAAGACCCAGAAGCUAAAGAACCUUACGGUCCAGAGAUGGUGUGGCGCAUAGAUGCCGUAGGGUCUGAAGUGCGUCAACUCUUCGGCUAUGAAAACAUGGACCAGCUGUCACGUGGCUUCCCCACUAAAGUCCUCCUCUUGCCAGAAUCUAUGGAGAGCACAGGCGCCACCAUGUACAGAGGCUCCUUGUACUACCAACGGAGGCUCAGCCGCACCCUUCUAAGAUACGAUCUACUCUCUGAGAGUAUUGCUGCCCGCCGUGAUCUUCCCCAUGCUGGCUUCCAUGGCCAAUUCCCCUACUCUUGGGGAGGGUACACAGACAUUGACCUGGCAAUAGAUGAGAAUGGUCUAUGGGCCAUAUACAGCACCAACAAAGCCAAGGGUGCUAUUGUCAUCUCCCAGCUAGACCCUCACAACCUGGAGGUGAAGGGCACCUGGGAGACUAAAAUCCGCAAGACAUCCGUGGCUAAUGCUUUUAUGAUCUGUGGCAAGCUGUACACGGUUGCUAGUUACACCUCACCAAACACCACCAUAAAUUACAUGUAUGACACCGCAACCAGCCAGGGUAAAACAAUCUCAGUGCCGUUCAAAAACCGCUAUCGGUACAACAGCAUGGUAGACUACAACCCAGCGCAGAGAAAGCUAUAUGCUUGGGAUAGCUUUUACAUGGUAUCUUAUAAUGUGAGACUAGGCAAGCAGGAGUAAAGUGAAGACAUCAGCGUAAAUUUCCAUAUCACCCAGCUUAUAGAUGCAUUUUGUAAUGUUUUAAUAUUUUACCAUCUGGAGGGACAGCUAUUUUUGGAUUUACUGGAAUUCAAGACAAUGAUAGACAACUGGACAAGAAUCAACUAUAAUUAUGCUGAUGACAUUAUUCCUAGUACCAGCAGUAGGUAUAUAUAAUGAAUACAGCAAAUAUAACAUUUUCAUACCAGUGACAACAUUGCACAUCUUCACAUUAAAACAAUUUCUAUUUUUGCAUCUUUAAAUGCUAUAAAAGAUAUUCCUUUGACUAACAAAUUCCAAAAUGGAUAAAGUAUAUCAGGUUUUUAAUAAAUUGAGGCCACAUUUACGUCCUCAGUGAUUUUGUCCACUUAACAUGUUAAUAGAGAAAUUAUUUUUCUACCUUUUAAGUAAUGUCUCGUCUUUUUUGUUUACACGGCACUGAAAAAUUCAAGGAAGGGGGAAAAUAUAAUGGCAUACAAUUCAUUACAAUAGGCCUGCCUCUUGAUUGACAUUGUACAGAGGUAUGCAACAUUAAAAAACAAAAACUUUGCUUGUUGUGUACAUGCUCUAAUCCUUACGUAAUCAUGCUAUCGUAACUCUGUAUAUGUUGAAAAUUAUCCCUUCUCUCUUUUGAAUUUGCUUGGGAAGACUUGGGUGCUGCUUGAGAUGUUAAGAUUGGAAUCUUGUGGCUAUGGAAGUGUAUUAACUUAUAUGAAAAUAAAGAUUUAAAAAGUCUCCUUUUCUUCCGUUUUGCAUACAUGCACAGAGGUAUUUUAAUGAACUCAUUACCUCAAAACCAAAAAAAACUGACAUCCCAACCACAGCUCAUUUUUACAGCAUAUUAUUUUAUUAGUUUCGGUAACCAAACCAGGAUAAUGUAAAUAAGACCUUACAUAUUUUAAUACAGCGAUUUAACCCCUGUACAAGUAAAACAAAAACAGAAAUCAAAAGAAAAGAAAA